GGAAUUUGGAAUCCAGACAGCACCGUGAAAGACCAACCGAACCAAAAGAAAGCCAAGAGACAUCAAAACUGUCGUCGUAGAGUGGUGGUCCUGUAUUUUUUUUUUCCCUGCUCUGUAAGAGACACGCACACACACAGAGAAGAAAUGUCCGGAAGAGGAGGAAAGAGAGCAGCAGCAGCAAGGGAGGAGGAAGGGAGUGGGGCUGAUGACAACUAUGCUCAGCAACCACCGGCCAAGAAACCCACCAAGGCUGACAACUCAUCCUCUGAUAACUCUGAUGAAAUUGUUGUUUGUGAGAUAGGGAGGAAUAGGAGAGUGACAGUCAGGAACUGGAGAGGAAAGAUUAAUGUCGAUAUUCGUGAGUUUUAUCCCAAAGAUGGCAACCUUCUCCCUGGCAAAAAAGGUAUUACCUUAUCAUUGGAUCAGUGGAACAUGCUCCGUGAUCAUGUGGAAGAAAUUGACAAGGCUCUUGGUCAUUCUUAGGGCAUCAUAGGACAUGAGUAGUUCUGUUGAUUUUGCUAAUGAAUGGUAGUCUCAAGGAUACUAGGAUGUUUGGUUUUGGUCUUGGUUUUGGUUUCUAGAAAACUGGAAUGCCGUAGGUGGGCAUGCUUUCUUCUUUUGGAUUUGGUUGGGGAUGGUUGAAUAUCUUGUCUUGUGUAUAAAUGGUAUCUUGGGAACCCCUAGCAAUGCAGCACAAUUACUGGCAUGGUAAUGGUAGUGCAAACAAACCUUUUGUUCAGAGGAUUUGACUAGCAGGAUGGUUUAAUGGCUUAAACUUUCUAUUCCA